GCCUGUAUUAAGUUUCCCAAAAAUGAAGCUGAAGUACAAUAAAAAUAUCCAAUACGCGGCAAAAUGCUAACUUGUCACAUGUCAAAUAAUAACCACAAAUAUAAAACUACUCCUGAGUUGGGUAAAUACCACAAUUUUGCGGUGAUAACGGUGACAUAUAACAGCUGAUUCAUGACGUCACCGAUCUUAUAACCAAACUGAUCACCACACUCGCUUGAACGGAUCGGUAAAUACCAAUCCAAAAUGGUAAAUACCAUUUUCAUUUGGUAAUCCGCUUGAAUUUGAUUUAUGUGGCGAAUGGCCAUAUGUCCAACGUUGUAAGGCAUGUCUCCACAUCGUGUGGGACCGGUUUAACGUUCAUGUUUUCAUGUGACAGAUUUUGGUGAUUCGAUUCGCCAAAGCUCCGUCUAUCUGUCAAAGGUGUUUGUUCUAUGCUUUUCCAAAAAUUAAAAUCUGUCAGUGUCACUUUGAAAAUCCCAUUUUCUCACUUUUCUUCAAAAAGAAACAAAAUUUCACAGGGUAUACCGAUAAAUAGAAGAAAAUCAAAUCCUUAGAAUAUUUUGAGAUCAUGUGCGGAAUGACAUUCUGAGAAAUCUAUUCCGCCAUGUUGAAUUUCUAUAUGGAAAUAAAGUGUAGUGUCAUCACAAUUGUAAUUUUAUCCUAAUUUUUGAGUUUUUUGCAAAAAGUUUAGAGUUUUAAUUUCUACUGGUGUAUUUCCCUUGUGGCUUGUGGUUAAACAAGCAUCUUCUGAUCGAUAAGUGCGGCAAACCUUACCUGGAUGAUACAGCAACAAAAUUGUUAAUACUUGUAAAGUGGUGGGACCGAAAACAUCGAAAGACCAUAAUUAAUUAGUCAUAAUGAGACGAGGUUCUCACGACAUGCAAGUGAAUGUGGCAGGUAUUAGACGUAAUUUAAAAAACCUAGCCCACAAUUAUUCUGAUGCUCAACGAAAAGUCAGGGAAGCUACCUCAAAUGACCCAUGGGGUCCCAGUAGUACUAUUAUGGCUGAGAUUGCUGAUCUCACCUACAAUGUUGUUGCAUUUAGUGAAAUCAUGCAGAUGGUGUGGAAAAGGUUGAACGACCAUGGCCGUAACUGGAGGCAUGUUUACAAAGCCUUGGUGCUCCUCGAGUAUCUCAUCAAAACAGGAUCUGAGAAAGUGGGACAACAGUGCAAAGAGAACAUAUUUGCCAUCCAAACGCUGAAGGACUUUCAGUACCUCGAGGAGGGCAAGGAUCAGGGCCAGAACGUCCGCGAGAAGGCCAAGCAGCUGGUAAAUCUGCUGAAGGACGAUGAGAGACUGAAAAACGAACGCGCUAGGGCCUUAAAGGCAAAGGAGAGGUUCGCCCAAAGUGCCAGUGGGUUCGGCAGUGAUGGGGGGCUGGACACCCCUAGUAGCCCUAGGUAUCCUGCCUUCAGAGGAGAGUGGAGCACUAGUAGGGAAUCGACUGAUCUUCCACGUGAUAUAGAAGUAGCACGACCGCAGACCGCAGGUGAAGAGGAACUUCAACUCCAGCUGGCGCUUGCUAUGUCUAGAGAAGAAGCUGAGCAGGAGGAGCAGAAGCGGAAGUCCGACGAUGUACGGCUUCAGUUAGCUUUAAGCCAGAGCCAACAGGAUUUCAAGACUACACAGGAUAAGCCAACCAGUCACAUGGUAGAUUUGUUAGAUGUCAACUUAGGUGACACUGCCAGUUCAACUGCGAAUGUGGAUGCUUGGGGUUUUGCGACAGACCAUCCAAGACCUCAGUCUUUGGACUUGAGUUUUUUCGGAUAUUAUCCCUUGAUGUCACCGUCAUUGGGUCUGUCGUCGCCUGAAUCCGCAGGCAGAGGAUCAGCUGCCGCUGGCGAUCCGUGGGCGCCAGUGGGAGCUACUGCCGCCGUCCCAAAGCCAGACCCGUGGGGUGGCGGCGGUGCCAGAGGCGGGCAAUCGUCGCCAGCUCCUGGGGCACACUCCACGCCCUCCAGAAAGCAGGACCCCUGGUCGCCGGCUAGCCAGAGUUCUGGAGACCUUGAGGAUUUCGAUGUUAUUACUAACAGGAAUAAGACUUCAUCUCCAAAGUUGAAUGGUGCUAGUAGCAAUAAUAACGCUAGCAGUGAUCCCUUUGAGCUCAAUUUACUGGGCGAUUCCCUACCGCCUGUAGAUCCUGCAGUAACUGCUGCAAAGAAAACUCCACUCAGUUUUCUUGGCGAAAACUCUGCUCUUGUUAAUUUGGAUAAUCUAGUGACUGCUACUAAACCGAAUAACCCAGCGCCCGCUGCAAAUCCGUUCUCAGAUCCAGCAGUUGCGGCCGCAACAGCGAGGCCCAUAUUUAACCAGAACCCACCGAAACCUAGCAUCAAUGAGAUGAAGCAGCAAUCAUUUGCUUCUUUUGCGGCACCGAUGCCACCUGCUGCAGGUUUCUCUACUACUGCCUUCAGUACUACACCGCAAUUUACCGCUGGUUUCGGAACCAAUGGUAAUGCUUUUGCUCCACCGCCAGUGCCUGUAAUGCAAGAUCCUUGGACACCUAUUCCAAGCUCUGCAACUCAAUCUAGUACCGCAUCUCCAUGGAAGGCAAACGAACCAGCUAAUCCAUUUUUAUCUUAACGCAUCACUAAGAUCAUCGAGCGAUUCAGGAGGUCUAAUGGUGAGGCAGGAGGCAAUACCUCCAGGAAUCAAGAAAAAUUAUAUGGUGCAAAUUACUAUUAUAAUAGUGAGCUUUUUAUAUUUUCACGUGUAUACCUCACAUACAUAAUACAAACUUAUACUCUGCCCAUUUUUGAUGAACAGUUUUUGUCUCAAAAAGGGAGUGGUAUGAUAUUUUUGUAUGUAAAUGCAGCCUAUAGAUGUCUGGUUUAAUGUGAAUUAAAAGAUAUUUGCUCAUUGUCACAGUUUUGAUGGUUUUAAGAAAAUUAGAUACCACAUAUCUGUUUCAUUUUUAUUUUUCGCAUCUGAAUGCUUUAAAAAACAUUAAAAAUCCGUCACUGAAUAGACUGAGGUUCGCUGAUUUGUUGUGUAUAUUUCGGUAAAUAGAUGAGAUACCUUGAAAUUUGUUCAGUUAAACAAUUUAUGGAUUCAGUGGGAAUUGAUUUUGCUGUAGUUUUCGGCUGCUACGACGUGUCAAUUUUUCACCAUGUAUUGAUCCACCACAAAAGCGCCAAGUGAUAAUUUCCAAGUGGUAGCUGAGCUCCAUGUCGCACAAUUUCUUUAACGGAAUGGGGGGGGGUGACGUGUCACGCGAUAUCAAUUUUGGAGCUCCUUUAAAGUGAGAUAUAUAUUUCUUUUCACGGUUUUUCGAUGUUACGUCAUCAAUGCAAUAGGAAAAUUGUACAACGGGCAAACCAAUCUUGAGUGCAGCUACUGUUGCACACCUAAAUUGUUUAAUGAAGGACUAUUGCUUUCAUUCACUUUCUCAAAAUACUACCAUAAUUUUUGCAAAAACUAUCGAUAUUGUCCGUUAGUCAUAUUUUCAGGUACUUCUGUGUUCUAUAUAAAGGAGAUCUAUAAAAAGGUAAACUCAAAAUGGUACGCCCUUGACAAGUGGGUUGUCACAUUGAGGAUGUCAAAUAGACAUACAUUAUUAAUACUCAUACGAUAGCGAUACAUUUUUUUAGGUGGCGAGACAAAACUAAAGAAUGUAUAUAUGUCUGACUUACGCACACAGAGGCAUAUUGCAUAUGUGUGUGAGAAAUAUGAAUGUCGGUAGUUUUAGUAUGACCCGCCAAAAACCAUGAAAUGAACUAUAGAUUUUGCCAAUUUUCUCGAAAUGGAGUGUUUCAAAUUUUAUUACAUAUUCAAAAUGCUCGACGUUGACAGCCUGGCACUCCGACAUUUUUAAAGACACCGAUUUUAUAUUCUUGGGUCAUAAAGUUCUCACAGAGCUUCAAAAUGAUGUGUCUCAUUCUAUUUAAAAAAUGCUACAAGCUUUUUAUGGCAAUUUUAGUUUACUCAGUGGACCCGUUCAAAAAACAAGUAGGGGGAUGGCCUUUUUUGAAAAGCACUGUAUACAGUAAACAUCUUCUGCAACGUGUUGAUAGAUAGUUGAUUUCGAUCCAGUUUACUUUCUUAUCUAGAUUCACUUCAGUUGUGUUAUUGACGUACUAUAUAAAAGAAGGGAAAUCGAGUUGGGAGGUGUAAACAUUGACAUUUCUUAUUUUAUGUCUUUUAUGUGCAAUCAUUUUUUAUAUUAUCGCCGACACUCGUUCUUUUAUUUCAUGGGGAUGCCUCUUCUUCAAACGGUCCCUGGUGAGCAUGAAUCGUAAUAGUAGAUGACACAAGUGUAGUAAUGAAUGGUGGAAGUUACCGGUCCUGCUUUUGGUUAGUGUUUCCCCUCGGUUAUCAAUGACGAUUCUUCACCGGUAUUUUAUUAUCGAUCGGAUAUGGCAAUAAGGUGCAUGCGCUACCCGGCCGUCUGGUCUAGUUCAUCAUAAUUUAAUUCAGCAGCUAAAUGUCUAAGCAUAUUUAUUUAUCUGAUCAGAUUAUUGCAUCAAUUUAGAUGUUGUAUAUUAUUUUUAUAUGCAUUUAUUUAUGGGCAUUCAUUGUAAUUAUUGGAAAAUGGCACAUGAAGAUUCUCACUGUAGCCAUUGCUACGGAAUUCUGAACUUGUUUCAAGGUUGUUGAAAGCAAUUUUUAAGUAGUAAAAUUUUAUAUAAAGGUUGAUUUUUCUAAAUGACAGUUUAAUACAGUAGUUUUUAGUUACUGGCAGUCAUUAAACUCUUAAUCAAAAAUUACUUCGUUUGAUAUUUUUGGAAGAGUUAUACAUGAAACAAUCGUUUUAGACAAGUGCAGUUUUUUCAAGGUAGAAAUGAUUUUUAUUGAAUGGUUUUUGUCAGAGCUUAUUUUUAAGGUUAAUGUAUAUUUAUUUAUUUGUUUCCAGAUGUUGUUUCCUUAAAAAUAUUGAUAUUUUUAUUCUUUUAUUAUAUAUUGUUCCCACAGUAUUUCGUAAAAUUUCAUUAUGCUCGAAUUUCAGCAUACAUUGUGAAAUAGCCUUAUUUUUUGUAUAAAAAUGAGAUAUAUUUUAGCUUUAAAUGUAAUUCAAAAGAAUUAAUAUAUUUCUUUUUUAUUGUAAAUUGAUUUAUUUUGUAAAUAUAUAAAUAUAAUUUUAUCUAUUAAUCGUUAAACAUAUUAUUUCAAAUACUAAAUACUUUGUGUAUAUAGUUAUCAAUUAUAUUUUUAGCGUAAGAUUUUUGUAUUAUAUUUAUGCAAACAAGGAACACUUCAAAAAAUAUUUAGGGGUAUUAUGGAAUUUAAUGUAUUAUUAUAGCUAUUUUCACCUACAUUUCAUAAAAGAAAUAAAAACUAUAAAAGUAUAGUCAUGUCUAUUUUCCAUUACCAGUUACCAAGGUGUGUGUAAAAAAUAUCAUCAAGGUUAUGGUGACUUGCCUUAGUUCAUGAAAACGUUUUUUAGGUCUCUAGCACAGCGCCUUAGUAUGAUACGCUUUUAGUGGCUUUUGGCAGCAACAUGAUCGUGCAUCCUGUGAACUAUAUGUUACUUUAUAAGCCUGCCGUCACUUUUGAAGGAUGUUAAGCGUCACCGUAGAUAUACGAACUAGAAAAUAAUGUGUAUUCUUUUUGUAUCUAAUUAUUUCUACACCAAUUUGUUAUCAACUACUCUUCAAGUUGAACCAUCAGCCUAUUUAAUGAAGGUAAUCGUCACGCAAAAUUUCUUUCUCUAACUCUCGUAUAAAUAUUAAUUCUAUUAUCGGAUGUUAUGUAUAUUUACAUUUCGAACAUGAGCUCGCAUAGCAAUACUACUCGCAGGUUAUUGACGAUAAUUGUACAAUCGAUGCACCACAUUGUUAAUUUUUUUUUACUAGGACUCUAGGAUUGUUUGGCAAAGGAAACUACAUAUAUGUGGAUUACCUCUUUACUGAUAUUAGCCACCACGGUGGCCUUUCUUAAAAUACAGCUGACAGUGACAACAUACGUUAUGUUUAUCUGUCUUGUAACAUUUGGUCAAUCAAUCAUGAAGUCCUAUCAACAUGAAAAAAAACCACAGGAUACGUUUCAGAUGUGUACGUUAUAUAUUGCUAUUUAUAUCAUCUCC